AUGACAACUUCAAUUGAAAACACCAUUACUGAAGCAACCUCUGCUGGAAAUGGAGUUGUUGCUGCCAUUGAUCAAAGCAGUCUUUAUUUUCUUCAUGCCUCUGACUCACCAGGCAUGAAUCUUGUCAACACACCUUUUGAUGGAACUGGUUAUGGAGCAUGGAGAAUAUCCAUGCUCAUAGCUCUCUCAGCAAAGAACAAACUGGGAUACAUUGAGAAGGAAUCAGUCAUACCACCAUCUGAAUCUGCAGAAUACAAGCUGUGGAGUAGAUGUAAUGACAUGGUUACUUCCUGGUUGCUGAACUAUCUUUCAAAAGAGAUAGCAGGAAGUGUCAUCUACUCCAAAACUGCAAAAGAACUCUGGAAGGACCUUGAGGACAGUUGUGGAGGAAAAGAAAAAAUGAACAAGUCUUUGCAGGAUGAAAGGUUGGUACAAUUUCUUAUGGGACUUAAUGAUGUAUAUGCACCAGGAAGGAGUAAUAUUCUCAUGUUAUCACCUCUCCCUAGUGUGAACCUUGCUUAUUCUCUGUUGAUGCAAGAUGAAAAAUAA